AUGUACAAAUUACAACGCACUCUAUAUGCCAAUGAGUACAGGAAAGAAGAUCCUACAUAUCAACCAAACCCUUUUAUUACCAAGGAGAAAAAGGAUAUCAAAUCAAAUAACAUGACCAUUAAAACCUAUGUACAGACCAUACAUAAGGAUGCGCUGAAGAUCAUAAAAACUCCACCGAAACAUAGACCCAAUUUAACUUUGGAUGAAAAGGCUGCACUUCAGGAUCUCCGUGAUGAUGCGAACAUAGUAAUUCGCCCUGCUGAUAAAGGCGGAGGCGUUGUGAUUCAAUCAUACCAGCAAUACAAGUGUGAAAUUAUGCGACAGCUGAAUGACACUUCAACGUAUCGAAAACUCACUUAUGAUCCUGUGCUGGCAUUUCAAAACAAGAUCCAACAACUUAUUGAUAUGGGCCUCCAAGCUGGAUACAUUGAUUCUAACACAGCUAAAUAUCUUUUGGUGAUUCACCCUAUACAUCCAGUUCUUUACACCUUGCUCAAGAUCCACAAAUCCAGCCAUAACCCCCCAGGCAGACCCAUAGUCUCGGCAAGGGGUGGUCUGUUAGAACCCAUUGCCAAAUACGUGGAUUAUCAUCUACAAGACAGCGUCAAAGAGUUACCAUUCUGUCUUAAAGACACCCAAGAUCUUUUAAGCCAACUUAGAGAACUAGGACAUGAUAUCCAGCGUGAAUUCAUAUUUGCCACUCUGGACGUUCAGAAUUUAUACACCGCAAUACCACAAGCCGAAGGUAUUGAAGCUGUUCGUAUCACCUUGUCCAAUCUGAGAGACUUACUAGUUCGCAAUGAUCCUACACAAUGCUAUACUAAGAAAACAUGGAUCAAAAAGAAGGGCUGCUUUAAGUGCACGGGCUGUGUGACUUGUAGCCAUAUGCUGACCAGUACCUCCUUUUCCCACCCACAUACGGGUAAAAGGAUACCGAUUAAUCAUUACAUCACUUGCACGACGGAUCACGUAAUUUACAUGGUGACAUGCCCAUGCGGACUAUCGUAUGUUGGGAAGACAGACCUCACAUUACGUGACAGAAUGAGGGGACAUCGCUCUGGUAUAAUGACGGCAUAUCGAGACCAAACCACGGAGAAACCAGUAGCCAAACACUUUCUGGCUAUGCAGCAUCACCUUCCUACGCUCAAAUUUAUAGGCAUUGAUCAUGUACCUCCUCUAGUUCGGGGUGGCGACCGAUCCAAAAUGCUUCUACAGAGAGAAGCUUACUGGAUCCACCACUUGGACACGAUCACACCCAAAGGUUUAAAUGAAAACAUCAUUUAUUCCAUGUUCUUAUGAUUAUUCGUGUACUCUUAUUUUAUGUCCAUAUAUAGUAUAUCUACCCUGUGGUGAUGCCUAUUAUUGCAUUAUUAUAUACAUCUUUACAUUUUUUGUCACCAGCAUAGCUUCAGAUAGUUCCAUUAGUCAGUUAUUUUUUAUUUUUUAUUUUUUGUUUUCUCCAUUAAGAUACCUGUAGAUUUCAUGUAUCUUUUUUAUGAUUAUUUUUCAUUACUUCCAGUUAUUUGUAUUCUAUUCCCUUGUUAAUUAUUUGUUGUUGUUCAGAUAUAUUCUGUCCUACUACUUCAGUAUGCACCAGUUCCAUUCUGCAACUACCUUUUAUUUUUUAUUUUUUUUAUUUUUUUGUAGGUAGCAAUCAUACGCUACCCACAUUAUUGUUUAUUACAUAUAUUUUCCACAUUUUUGCAAUAUUUCCAUUUGACUUAGAUUAUUAGAUUUGUUGUCUAUUGAUUAUUGCUGGUGCUUUAUCCUAUUUUAACACUUGGUAUGUAGAGAGUCCUCAUAUGCUAUCAGCUUGACACUGCAUGUUAGAUACCAUUUAUCUAAGAAUUUCUACUUUUAUUAUUAUUUACUGUAAUUUUUAUUUUUCGCACUUGGCAAUUAUUUUUCAUUGUGCUAUUGUCUUGAUACUACAAGUUAGAUAUUAUUUUUAGACCAUCUAUAUUUAGAGACUUGUCCAGCACCCUUCUAUGAUUAACUUGUAGCUCUCUUUAGCAUUAGAUUGACAAUUGUUUUUUUUUUUUUUUUGUUUUUUUUUGUUUAUAUGUAUGGAGAAAUCAUAUGCUACAGUCCCAUUUGUGAGAGCACGUUAGAUCAAUUUAUUGGCUUUGUUUAUUUAAGGAUCUUUUUCAUUAGCUCUGGUCUCUGUAUCUAUUUCUCCGUUGUCAUGUUUUUUGGAUUACUUAAGAUGCAGCUGAUUCUUUAUUCUUCAGGUUUCCUCAGCCUCCUUCGUAGGUUUCUAGGCUAUAUAUUUAGUUUAGAUGUUUUUUCAUUAUAAAAAGCCCGUGUGUCACUUGGUGUUUAUGUCAUAUUGUCUAGCAUCAAAUUAUUAUAUUACUAAUUUUGCAUACUAUACACUUUAGUGGAUAUCAUGUAUAAGAUAAUUGUAUAAUUUUGUAUACAGUAUUUUUGUAUAUACUCUGCUCUUUUGCUUUGAUUUUAUUUAUGAUGUCAGGUAUUCGUUUUUCACAGUUUAUUAUAUUUGUUUGUUGUGUGCUCACACGUUUAUCACUCAGGUUUUCACAUGACACUGCACAGCACUUGCUGCUUAUGUACUCGAUUCUCCUGACUUUUGUAUCAUUCACUUUGUAUUGGUAGUUUACACUACCCACUCCUUGCUUCACACUGAUCUACUUGCUCCCGGCAUAGGAUUUUUCUACUUUGUGUAUUGUUGCCUUGGCAACCACUUUUUCCCUGUACGACGCCCUGAUCACGUGACGUUGUGUGCAGCUUCCAUUCACUUCCGGGUUCUAACGGGCAAACACACUCCUCCUCACUUCACCAUUGGGUAAGUGUUUAUUCACUUAGAUUUGUAUUUUAUAUAUAAACACUUUCUUGUCAUGUAUUAUAUGAUCUUGAAAAAGACCCGGCAGGGUCGAAACGUCGAUUGAUUUCUUUGUACAUCACAGAUGAUUUAUUAAAGCACCAGUUUUCCUAUUAACCAGAAGACCUGUGAGUGCAUUUUGAUUUUUAUUUUUGUUUAUAUAUUUGACGCCAACAAUUUGCACCCAGGCAUGUGAGUUACAAAUUUAUAUUUUUUUGGAGGUGAGUGCCAAGCGUUCACCUAUAUAUAUAUAUAUAUAUAUAUAUAUACAUACAUACAUACAUACACACACACACACACACACACACACACACAUAUACAUAUACACACACACACACAUACACCAAAGACGGCCUAGGCUCCCAACGGGAGACACAGGGGUGGCAGAAUGCCGCCCCUGUUAAAGUGCCGUCUGGUGCCAUAGCCCCAAUCCAUGCAAUUGGUGUUGAUUAGUGAAAACCAGAUAAAAAAACAAAACAAUAAAUAAAUAAAAAACACACCAUUAAAUUCACCAGAAGAACCAGUGGAAACAACCAAAGCGAACACUCAGAGUGAAAUCAAUAAUAAAAGGACAAAAACCCCAAUAAAAGUAGAGAUAAAUAGAAAAGUAAAUGAAUAAAAAGCAGAUAAAAUAGAAAAAUGUGUAAGUUUAAAACACAGUAAUAAAUAGUAAUAAAUAAAAAAAAGUCCCUAAUAAAAAUGGAGAAGGAUAAAACAAAGAUGGAAAAACAAAGGCAAUAGGUCUAAUGAAGGACAGUCCUGGAAUAAUAUGACAAGUAGAUCUCAAUAGAAACAUAUCCUAGGAAAAGGUAGUUGUUGGGCAAUUUAGAGUUGUCCUAGCCCCUACCUACUUCCUCUUAAUUUGUGUUUACUUCUAUGUCUUUUAGAUGUAUUAUUCUUAUCUGUAAUGGAGUAAAAAAAAAAGAAAUUUAAAAAAAUGGUGAAUCUCAUUGGGGGUGCUCUUAAAAAAAUGCAUCUUAUUGGGAGAUGGACUUAAAUCUAAAGCAGGGAGUUUUGGAACUUCUGAUCUUCUUGGAGACUUUCUUCCUUCUUUGGGUCUAGAUUUGCAGUCAUUACACAUGGUAUUAGUCUUCAAGAUGAAAAGCUCUAGUAUUGAUGAAAAUGAUCUAGUAUUGAUAGGGAUAAUGGGUUCGCUUGAUAUACAUAAUAUAUUAUUAUAGCUUUCACUUUGUUGAAAAGCUGAACUAAAUAUUUUAGUAUAUCGGUCUUUUGUCAUAUUCUUACUUGAACUCAUUUGCCAAUUGUACUUACGGUGAAUUGAUGGAACGCAGAAGCAGGCACAGGGGAACGCACGCUGUCCCCAUCUAACACAAGGAACUGGUCGACUGGAUGAAUUAUUUAAGACAUGGUCAACUAUCAUCCUCAUCCAGCAUUGGACUACUAGUAUGUGGGGUGCUGAUCCCCUGUUGGGUAUGUUUCUUAACCUCUAUUUGUGAGUUUUUAAUCUUGUACUUUAAUAUAUUUCAGCCAUACAGUGAGCACUUUGAUCCAUUGUUUCUAAUUGUGCGUACUCUGCUGCCACCCAGUGCAUUUUUAUCUUACUGCAUGCAGUCAGGUUGCACUAUAUUUGACUGCAUUAAAGGCUAUUGGUACCUGCUGUUUUUUUUUUAUUUUUUAUUGUUAAAUAAGUACUAUAUAGCUAGAAAAGGUAGGUCUGUAUUAGAACAACUCUGUACUUGAGUUGCCCAAUCACUAUCCUUUUCUAGGCUGUGCUUAUACUCAGACCUACUUGUCAUAUGAUCCUAGGACUGUCAUUUGACUUAUUGUCUUCCCCCUUCCACCCCCCCCCCAUUUUAUUUAUUUUAAAUCUUAUUUCAUCUCCUUUUUGUUUAUCUAUCUUCAUAUUUAUUAGGGGCAGCUUUAAUCAUCUGCAUGAUUGGGAAACUACGGACAUGUUUAAUGAAUAUUUUUCUUAAACAGCUGACACAUAAAUCACAAAUGAGCUUGCACGAUUUCCAAUAAAACAACUUUACAAGGUGACAGGUCAUGGUAAGUUUUAUUUUAUUUAUUUAUUGCUGUGUUUUAAACUUACUGAUCUUUCUAUUAUUUGAUCUUUUUAUUCAUCUCCACUUCUAUUAAUCUCUACUUUUAUUGGGGUUUGUUUUGUUCAUUUAUUACGGUGUUGUAACAUACUGAUUCUAUAAGAUCCUAUUAUUCACUUUGGGAAGAACCUUGCAUGUAGGUCCAACACUAUCACUGCUUUUACCAGCUGCCACUAAGUCUCCAAAUGACUACUGCCUGGUCAAAGGGGAACAUUUUGGACUGUGUCCUUUGGACUUUUUGGCGCAUCCUUUUUCUUUGUGUUUUGUAUCCACUGUAUUUUGGAUCAAAUGUUGUAAUUCUUUUGUAAAUUGGCCACAUUUCAGUGUUUAGAAAAAAAAGAUCAGUAUAAUAUUAAAGGAGCACUCCAAACAGCUCACUGUAGUGGUUAUGGUGCCAGCUGUGUUCUGCCACUCCCCCCAUUGUAAGUAGUCAAGUCAUUUUAAAGUGGUUUGACUUUUUACCUGAGGUCUGCUGGGUGCUGUCUCUACCAUUUCUACAGGACAGCUGGAAGAUCUCGGUCUUAGCUAAGCAGGGCUUUACUUAUUGGCCAUGAGUGAUUAGCUGACAUGCUUAGCCUCAGGAGAACUAACAGAAGUUCCUAAGGAGGAGCUUAAAGGGACAUCCACUACCCAAAUAUAUUUUUAAAUCACUAUUAAGUAGUUAUGCCCCAAAUAAGAACAUUCAUGCAUUUAAUUAUGCAUUUUUUUUUAAUUAGGGUAAAUCUAAAAACAGUUUGCAAAACCAGCAUUUCUCUUGUCUGAUGCCUUUACAAAGCCCUACCCUUCUAACCCCUCCCAACCUUUCUGAGAAAUCUUUGCAAGGCAGGUCCUCUGAGCAAUUGCUGCCUCUUGAAUUAAGCUUCAGUGAGCUAACCGAACCAGGAAGUGAAAUUACUUGUUGUGUGUUUGAAAGCCAAGGGGGUGUAACCAGCUUAAUUUAUAAAAGUGUAAACUUCUAUUAAAAUCUGCACUUUUUGCAAAAUAAAAAAACAAAAAAAAAGGAAAAAAAAAACUCUUUACAAAUAAAACUUUUCAGCAAGCUAAAGUUGUUUAGGGUUCUGGAGUGACCCUUAAAGGUUCUCUUGACUGACAGAGAGGAGGUGGGGAGCGGUGCCCCCAGCAAGAAAUGAUCUUGAAGACCGAAUUGAAAGUCAUGUUUCAGUGUUUGCAGAUGACACCAAACUUUGUAAAACAAUACAAUGUGAACAAGAUAUUACUUUGCUGCAGAGGGAUUUAGAUAGACUGGGGGACUGGGCACUCAAAUGGCAGAUGGAAUUUAAUGUUGAAAAAUGCAAAGUUAUGCACUUCGGCGUAAAGAAUACACAAGCAACGUAUACCCUUAAUGGAAGUGAAUUAGGGAUGACAACACAUGAAAAGGACUUGGGAAUUGUUAUAGACAACAAACUAUGCAACAAUGUGCAAUGUCAAUCAGCAGUGGCCAAGGCCAGUAAGGUAUUGUCAUGCAAGAAAAAGGGCAUUCAUUCUCGGGACGAGAAUAUAAUUUUGCCUCUUUAUAAAUCACUGGUAAGACCCCAUAUUGAAUAUGCUGUGCAAUUUUGGGCACCUGUUCUAAAGAAGGAUAUUAUGGCACUAGAAAAAGUGCAGAGGCGGGCUACAAAAUUAAUAAAAGGAAUGGAACAUAUCGGCUAUGAAGAAAGGUUAACAAAUUUAAACCUAUUUAGUUUAGAAAAACGUCGCCUGAGAGGGGAUAUGAUAACAUUAUACAAAUAUAUUCGGGGCCAAUACAAACCAUUGUGUGGAAAUCUAUUCACAAACCGGACUUUACAUAGGACACGAGGCCAUGCAUUUAGACUGGAAGAAAGAAGAUUUCGUCUAAGGCAAAGGAAAGGUUUUUUUACUGUAAGAACAAUCAGGAUGUAGAAUUCUCUGCCUGAAGAAGUGGUUUUAUCAGAGUCUAUACAGAUGUUCAAACGGCUACUAGAUGCAUACUUGCAAGAACAGAAUAUUCAAGGAUAUAAUCUUUCAAUGUAGGGUAAUAACUGCUUGAUCCAAAGAUAAAUCUGACUGCCAUUCUGGGGUCAAGAAGGAAUUUUUUUCCUAGCUUGUUGCAAAAUUGUGCUUCAAUCUGGGUUUUUUUGCCUUCAUUUGGAUCAACAGCAAAAAACAAAUGUGAGAUAGGCUGAACUUGAUGGACGCAAGUCUCUUUUCAGCUAUGUAACUAUGUAACUAUGUAACUAUAUAAAACCAUUAUAAAAUUGUUUGAUUACUUAGUAUGUAAUGGGGAAGAGUGCCAGGGCAUUCUUGGAACCAUAAACUCUACAGCAUGCAUAGUGGUUGAAACGGAGCUCCCUAUACCCCUGGCUGGGUACCUCAGCUAAGGAGCGCUUCCUAGCUGGAACAGGGGACAAACCUCAGCACUUCUGCCCACAGUCACCGUGGCUUGACUGGGGUCCUGGAACCACUCUCUCCAAGAGCCGAUUGGGGAACUCACUCUAUGCUCCCCCAGGCACUGGACAAUACUCAGUCCUGGGAACUCUAGUCCUUCCAAGGACUUUCCCCGUUGAAUCCUGCAAACAGUGAUUAGCCUUUUUGCCUCCCAGUAACCAGACGACACAUAGUUCUGGGAGUACAAGCUGGAAUGUUUUAAUCUAGUCAAAUGGCCUGCUUUUAUACAAUCUAGACUCAGACAAACACGCUCAUAACACUCCCACACAAAACAGGAUAAUCCCUCCCACUGGACCAGAGAGGAGACUAGUUACAAGCAAACAUCUAACACACUCCUCCCCUGUGCCUGAGAGAUAAUUACCUGAGCACACAAACAUAAUUGAAUUAUCUCUCAGUACAGGAAACAGGCAAUAUAACAAAAACCCCAAAACACAUGAAAACCCCACAAAAGUCACAUCCCCUGAUAGUUCCGAUCUGGGUGACCAACAAAAUCACCAAGAUCAGUUCAUGGGUUCGGGAUUUCCAUGAAAGUCCUAAUUUUGACCGACCGUGCACAUGGUCUUAUGCCCAAAACUUUGCUAAUGGUCAGUCAAGUUCAGUAGCUAAAAAACGAACAAACUAACGAACGGAAUCCAUAGUUCUACCCUGGAGCUUGUUCACGGGAACGUUCUCACUGAACAGUGCCCUUCUAAGUGAUAUAGAACAGAAUGCAGGUGAUGAUGGAAGUCCAGCAUCGUUCAGGAGUUUCAGUGUCCGAUUUUAGUUCCAGGAGAUUGAUGACCAAACACCGCUGCCUGCAUUCGUGGGAACAAGAUGGGAACACAAAUACAAACACAGGAACCAGAGUCAAUGAACUGACACUGCCCUCAGGGAGAGGCCGUGUCUUAUACUUGGCUAAUUGGGCCAUCAGCUUCAGGUAGGCUGAGAUUGAUAGGUGAGAGCCACUGGUGAAGUCCAGCUCCCUAGUGCUGCAGACAAGGCAGGAUAGGACAUCAACCAAAACAUGAACUGAAUAGUGGUUUAGAGGUAGGAAUGCAGGCUUGGGAUGCAAAAAGACUCAGGUUCAAAUCUCUGGUUGGACAUUUCUUGGGUGAGUUUUCACGGUGAGAACUGUGACAUCUGACUAGUAAAAAUGAUUUAAUUAAGUCAUUGUAAUAUAUCUGUAUUGAUGUACACUGACUCAUGAUAAGUCUCAUGCCUGUUUGUAAACAGAAUACACUAACUGGUAAUAUAAGUUGAAAUAAAUUAUAGUUACAGCACUUAAUAGCUUGCUUGCUUGCUACAUUAGUAUUGUAGAAUACUACGGGUAUUCAGAAUGGAUCCCAGCUGUCCCAAACACUAUCAUCUGCAUGAUUGGGAUACAACAGACAUGUUUAAUGAAUAUUUUUCUUCAACAGCUGACACAUAUAUCAUAAAUGAGCUUGUAAGAUUUCCAAUUGAACAACUUUACAAGGUGGCAGGUCAAGGUAAGUAUUAUUUUUGAUACUUUCAUACUGUUUAGACUUAAAAAUAAUGAAUGUUUGCAGUUAUUUUACACUAAAGUUUUGCAAUUUCUUGCAGUACCUUUUUUAUUGGACUAAGAUUAAUUUGUAAUACAAAUAUAAAUAAGGUGGAGUAUCUUACAAAUAAUUCCAAAUGCUUCUGGUCUUUAGCUAACACUAUCCUUUAAGGAAAACAAAUACUAGUGCAAUAUUGUCUGAAUAUAAACAUUAAGUGAAUAAAAAUAGAUAUUUACACUCACAAGUGUAGAGCCAGUAAGUGUUGGCUCAAUCUAUAAGCGUUGUGGGAUUUUUUAGGGUCCCACUCCCUCUUCUGUAUGUUGAAAUAUUAGAUGAUCCUUAUUAGUCACCACUAGAGUUGAGCGAACCCGAACUGAAAAGUUUGGGUUCGUACCGAACAUUACGAUUUUUGGACCCCGAACACGGACAUUUCAGUGUAUGUUCGGGUUCGAGUUCGGUGUUCAGCGAUUUAAUGGCACGUUUUGAAAGGCUGCAGGGCAGCCAAUCAACAAGCGUUUGCCUAUUGUGCCCUUAGAAGCCAUCGCAGCCAUGCCUACUAAUGGCAUGGCUGUGAUUGGCCAGUGCAGCAUGUGACCCAGCCUCUAUAUAAGCUGGUUACUUAGUAUUAUUAAAUUAUGCCCCUACUCGCUAUACCGCGAGUAGGGGCAUGUCUAUUAAACAGUGGCUUCUCACUGUUAAAAAAAAAAAAACCAAAAAACAUUACACCCUCCUGAGCCACGACGACCCACGACGCGCGAGUGGGGGCUUUUAAACUAAAGGGGGGACCUAUUGCCCCCCCGGCCCCCAACCCUGAGCGGCAGGUGGGAGCCCUAAUUAACAAUAAGGAGGGAACCUAUUGUCCUCCCCCCGGCCUCCACCCCAUAGCAGCUGGUGGGGGCCCUAAAUAACAAUAAGGGGGGGACCUACUGUCCUCCCCCCCUGGCCCCCACCCCUGAGUGGUGGGUGGGGGCCAUAAAUAAAAAUUGGGGGGGGGACCUAAUGUCAUCCCCCCCAGCCCCCAUCCCUGAGCGUUGGGUGGGGGCCCUAAAUAUCAAUAAGGGGGGGGAACCUAGUGUCCUCCCCCCGGUCUCCACCCCUGAGCGGCGGGUGGGGGCCCUAAAUAACAAUAAGGGGGGGGACCUACUGUCCUGAACCCCCAGCCCCCACCCCUGAGAGGCGGGUGGGGGCCCUAAACAAUAAUAAGGGGGGACCUACUGUCCUCCCCCCGGCCCCCACCCCUGAGCGGUGGGUGGGGGCCAUAAAUAAAAAUUGGGUGGGACCUAAUGUCCUCCCCCCUGGUCCCCACCCCUGAGUGGUGGGUGGGGCCAUAAAUAAAAAUUGGGGGGGACAUAAUGUCCUCCCCUCGGCCCCCACCCCUGAGCGGCGGGUGGGGGCCCUAAAUAACAAUAAGGGGGGACCUACUGUCCUCCCCUCGGCCCCCACCCCUGAUCGGCGGGUGGGGGCCAUAAAUAAAAAUUGUGGGGGACCUAAUGUCCUCCCCCCUAGCCCCGCCCCUGAGCUGCAGGUGGGGGCCCUAAAUAAAAAUGUAACCCCCCCAGGUGACUAGAUUUCCCCAAACCCCUAGUCACCCCCCCAAAAAAAAAUAGCCCCUACCUACCCCCUUCAUCCUAAAAAUAAUGAGAGGGGACCCUUAUCUAAAUACCUGUAAAAAAAAAAAAAUAGACUUACUUCUUUCUUCUAAACUCUUAUUUUUUCAGCCCCAAAAAAAGACCAAAUAAAAAUCCAUAAUAACCGACGCACUUUAAAAAAAUAAAUAAAUAAAACAAGGGCAAAAAAAUAAUAAUCAAUUUUCACCCAUGGAGGGCUCCACGCAGACUGAGCUCUGCAGGGUGGGGGAAUGCUUAUAAAGCCUUGCCCCGCCCUGCAAUUAGGCUCAGAGCACUCUGAUUGGUGGGUUUAAGCCAUCCAAUCAGAGUGCUCUGACAGGUAAAUGAAGAGACUGACAGGUAAGUCUCUACAUUUACCUGUCACAGCACUCUGAUUGGUUGGCUUGAAACCCACCACUGAAAAGUUUGGGUUCGUACCGAACAUUACGAUUUUUGGACCCCGAACACGGACAUUUCAGUGUAUGUUCGGGUUCGAGUUCGGUGUUCAGCGAUUUAAUGGCACGUUUUGAAAGGCUGCAGGGCAGCCAAUCAACAAGCGUUUGCCUAUUGUGCCCUUAGAAGCCAUCACACCCAUGCCUACUAAUGGCAUGGCUGUGAUUGGUCAGUGCAGCAUGUGACCCAACCUCUAUAUAAGCUGGUUACUUAGUAUUAUUAAAUUAUGCCCCUACUCGCUAUACCGCGAGUAGGGGCAUGUCUAUUAAACAGUGGCUGCUCACUGUUAAAAAAAAAAAAAAUACAUUCCACCCUCCUGAGCCACGACGACCCACAACGCGCGAGUGGGGGCUUUUAAACUAAAGGGGGGACCUAUUGCCCCCCCGGCCCCCACCCCUGAGUGGCAGGUGGGAGCCCUAAUUAACAAUAAGGAGGUAACCUAUUGUCCUCCCCCCGGCCUCCACCCCAUAGCAGCUGGUGGGGGCCCUAAAUAACAAUAAGGGGGGGACCUACUGUCCUCCCCCCCUGGCCCCCACCCCUGAGCGGUGGGUGGGGGCCAUAAAUAAAAAUUGGGGGGGGACCUAAUGUCAUCCCCCCCAGCCCCAAUCCAUGAGCGUUGGGUGGGGGCCCUAAAUAUCAAUAAGGGGGGGAACCUAGUGUCCUCCCCCCGGUCUCCACCCCUGAGCGGCGGGUGGGGGCCCUAAAUAACAAUAAGGGGGGGGACCUACUGUCCACCCCCCGGCCCCCACCCCUGAGCGGUGAGUGUGGGCCAUAAAUAAAAAUUGGGUGGGACCUAAUGUCCUCCCCCCUGGUCCCCACCCCUGAGUGGUGGGUGGGGCCAUAAAUAAAAAUUGGGGGGGACAUAAUGUCCUCCCCUCGGCCCCCACCCCUGAGCGGCGGGUGGGGGCCCUAAAUAACAAUAAGGGGGGACCUACUGUCCUCCCCUCAGCCCCCACCCCUGAGCGGCGGGUGGGGGCCAUAAAUAAAAAUUGGGUGGGACCUAAUGUCCUCCCCCCUAGCCCCGCCCCUGAGCAGCAGGUGGGGGCCCUAAAUAAAAAUUUAACCCCCCCAGGUGACUAGAUUUCCCCAAACCCCUAGUCACCCCCCCCAAACAAAAUAGCCCCUACCUACCCCCUUCAUCCUAAAAAUAAUGAGAGGGGACCCUUAUCUAAAUACCUGUAAAAAAAAAAAAAAUAUAGACUUACUUCUUUCUUCUAAACUCUUAUUUUUUCAGCCCCCAAAAAAGACCAAAUAAAAAUCCAUAACAACCGACGCACUUUAAAAAAAUAAAUAAAUAAAACAAGGGCAAAAAAAUAAUAAUCAAUUUUCACCCAUGGAGGGCUCCACGCAGACUGAGCUCUGCAGGGUGGGGGAAUGCUUAUAAAGCCUUGCCCCGCCCUGCAAUUAGGCUCAGAGCACUCUGAUUGGUGGGUUUAAGCCAUCCAAUCAGAGUGCUCUGACAGGUAAAUGAAGAGACCGACAGGUAAGUCUCUACAUUUACCUGUCACAGCACUCUGAUUGGUUGGCUUGAAAUCGGUGUCAUUUUACACAGCGUGGGAAAGUUCUUUGGAAUUUUAUCACAUGACAGGAGGCUUCGUAUUUUGCAUAAUCUUUCUUUACUAACUCCAUAGCAGCAAAAAAAAAAAGAGUGACAUAACUGAGAACCAAUCACAACGCAGUAUAGAGUAUAAGAGGUGUAACGUAUGACAUAAUUUCCUCUUUCUUUGCUGCUCCAUCACAAGAUAAGUACAGAUUUUGGUUUACCCUCUCUGUCCUUACACUUCUACUGUAUUUCAUAUCUUAUAUUGUAACUAUUAUUUUACUAUUUCUGUUUUUAUUACCCUUUGGGGGCUAUUCCCCUCUAUUUUCCCUGGCUCUGGGACCUUUCUUCUGCUUUUCUAGCCCUAUCCCUUUUACAGGAGGUCUUACUGGCAUUCUCACCGUCUUCACCUCUACUCCCCAGUGCUAGAUCUCUUCUCGAUAUUUCCCGCCUUUCACUGUCAUUUGCACGUUCUUUUCGCUUCACGAACGGCACUACCUGA